AUACCACUAAGAUCAGCUAGUUCCGCUGAGCAACAAAAUCAAUUUAGUCAGACUCAACAAAAUUUAGUGAGUAGAGGAGUUGGUUUUAAUUCCAACCAAUCAAUCUUAUCUAAUAGUACUUUUGAAAAUGCGAGAACUUCUACACCAUCUGGAACUGAUUUAUUUGGGCUAAAUUUUAGCACGAGUAGUUCAACAAUGUCGUCUAAUGAAUUUAAUGGUUUGAAUAGUGGGUUUGGUGGUAGAAUGAAUUCUUAUGAGGCUAGAGCAUAUGAUGGAAGUCUUAUUUCUAAUACAUCUAAUAUUCCAUUUAGAACCAACAAUGCUGAUAAUAAUCUAUUUGGUGUUAGUAUGCAGCAAAAUUCAAUUGUUUCACCUGAAAUGAUGGCAAAUCGUCAAAAUUCUUUGCCAAAUUUUGGAAAUGUAACUUCAAUAUCAUCAUUUCCAUUGAUUGAAAACACAAAUAUGUCAUAUACUUCUAUGAAUACUACGUCAGAUCAUGGAAUUGGACAAUUACAACAAAUAGUACCUUCAGGUUUUGGGACACAACAAAUUAGUCCAUUUUCGAAUGGGCGACCAAAUCAAUCAAAUGGACUAUUAUCUCAUCAACAAAAAAAUUUAAUUAAUAGUAUUACUAAUCAAAAUCAAAAUCAAAAUCAAAAUCAAUCGAACAAUAAUAAUCAUUUAUUUUCUGCUGUUAAUGGUAAUGGGUUUAUGAGUAGUACUACAAGUACAAAUUUCGGAUGGCCAAAUAUGAACCAUUAAGAAAUUUUAAGUAAUAUAAUGGUUUGGAUUGUAUAAUAUUAGUUUAGUAAUU